GCUCUCUUUCCCUAAAGACGUGUUGUACAUAAGUAUGCCUUCCGUCACCGCCGACACUGAGAACCUUUUCUUCGCCUUGUUGAAUAUUCUUCUUCGCCUUGUUCAGGGCGUCCUGGACGUGCUCCAAUCUGGUAUUAUCGUAAUACAGGCCAUGGUAUCGUCCACACGGAAACUGACUGAGCUUCUCCACUCGGUUGCUCAAUUGCUGACUGGCGCGGCAGCCUUUAUUACAGGCAAUAUUGUUGGAAUACUGGUCCUCCUUUCCAUUUACAUUGGAUACCAGAAACUCUACGCCAAGGGACAGAGAGGCAAGAAGCUCAGGUAGGAGAAGUGGAGCCGCUAGAUCACCUUGCAGUCCCUCCGAAUGCGCUUCGAUUACUUUCCAUGUAACAACUGACCCUUGAUAAUGUUUCCCCCAUCAUUCAUAUGACUUGUAUUGGCGUGUAUUGUCAAUUCGUGUCUAGCACCAGUGUUCUAGAGGCCGAGCUCAACAAGCCACGACCGCAUUCAUCACGUUUAGUUGGGUCGUUGUACUCUUCCAGAGGAGCGGUAGCGCCUGUCCUGCUCAGACACAUGUCAUAUGACAACAUGGUAUCAACCAUACCACGAAGAACAGUGUUGGCGGCUAAGAAGUGGCAGCCUCAAAUUGCAGCACCAAUCGAACAGCCGAGCGAGAUGCCAUCGAGACCCUGCCGACCAACAUCGAACGAGGACGAAGAAGAUGGUCACCGAGCAGAAUAUGCAUGGAAUUGGGGACAUUGGAAACGGUGGUUCCACGGUGGAGCUAACUCGAUGCAGGAAGGUUCAAUGACGUGCAAAAAACGCAAGCACUGCGAAACAUCUACGACGCUAGCUAACAAUCAAGCGAGAAGUGCGAAGCUUCUAGGAAUGCCGGUGCCCGAGGUCCCGUCUCAUGACAUCUUGUCCAAUCGGCUCAUCGAUUUCGGACAACCUCGAUGACGCAAUCAACCUUUGGAAACGGGGAUCAAGAUUUUCUCUUGAGCUAUUACAUACGUACUAGCAUGUUACACUCAUUGUUGAAUAGACU